GACUGGCCCCUGACCUCAUGUCAUUUUGUGAAAGUGGCCCCCAAACGAAGCAGGUUGAGUGUCUGCUUUGAAGGUUUAAAUCGUCUUUCCUCUCCACAGGCCUCUUCCUGUUUCAAACCUGACGAUCUGAGCUCGAGACGUGUGAACCGCAAUCACAGCAGCUUCUGCAGAUUCAGACUUCCUCAACGCAGUAAGCUGCACAUUAAACCUGAAGCUCUGUGUUUCUCCUGAGGUUCAGCGUCAAAGUUUUCUGUGCUGCAUUUUAUUUUAUUUGACAUUUUAAAGCCUCUAGGUGCUUCUUGUUUCUCAGCUGCAGGUGAAGCUGCUGGCUGAUGAUGCCUAACGCCUCUAACUCGAGCGCUGCAGGAGCCGCGGAGGGGACGCAGUGCGUGGUCAACGACCAGAUGGGGCCCUUCACCGUCCUCUACAUCCUGCUCCUCAUCAUCAGUGUGCCUGGAAACCUGCUGUCUGUUUGGGUCUUCAUCCGCUGCCCCAGAGCCAGGCAGCAGCAGAGCAGCAGCGUGUACCUGGUCAACCUGCUGGCGGCCAACCUGCUGCUGCUGAUCGCUCUGCCCUUUAAGAUCCUGAAGGACCUGGGGGCGGCGCCAUGGAGCCUCAUGGUCUUCCACUGCCAGGCCAGCGCCGUCACCAUCUACAUCAGCCUCUACGCCUCCAUCGCCUUCCUUGCCUUCAUCAUCACCGACUGCUACCUGCAGGACUGUCACACGCUGCGCUCGCUGCGGCUGCAGGAGGUCGGCUUCGCUCGGCUGCUGUCUGUGGUCGUAUGGCUGCUGCUGCUGCUCAUCAUGGUGCCCAACAUGGCUCUGCCCAUACAGCAAGUCCAGGAGAGGCCGUACCUCAGCUGCUCCUCUCUGAAGAAGGACAUCAGCCUCCACUGGCACGCCCUGACCGUCUUCCUCUGCACGGCUUUGUUCCUCAACGCCUCCGUGGCUGUGCUCCUCUCCAGCGGCCUGGCUCUCAAAAGACUCCUGCACAGCCGCAGGGACACAAAGCUCUGGGUGGACGCCCGGCGGGCGGCGGGGACCCUGGCCUUAGUGGGGCUGGCCUUCAUCCUCAGCUUCGUUCCUUACCACGUGGUCCGCACGCCGUACACGCUGGCCCAGACAGAAGUGAUCACAGACUGCCGCACCAAGAGGCAGCUGUUUGUGGGGAAGGAGUCGACGCUGCUGCUGAGCAUGCUCCAUCUCUGCUUCGACCCGCUGCUCUUCUUCUACCUCCACACGCCGUUCAGACAGACGGCGCACACGAUGCUCCCCUGCAGCAGGAAGCAGACAGUCAGCGACGCAGAGGAGCCGGCGGCAGAGGAAAUGAUGGAGCCUGAAACAUGUGCGCAGCAGGAGGAUGCCGUCUGACCACAGAUGUACUGUUCUUAAAAGAUUUACAGAAACACCCCUAAGUGGGGUUGCCAUCUUCCGGGUGUAAAAAUAAAGGUCACCUCGCAGCCCCAUAGGGACACCAUUCAAUAGGGGGUCCUGGGGCCUUCUCUGGGACAUUUUGAGUAUCAGACACUUCAUUUUCUACAUUCUGAUGAAUUCUUAUGCAUCAGUUUGUGUUUUUUAUGCAUAAAUGUAAAGGCCUUGGCUACUCUCAGCAUGAAAAGCAAAUAAAGAGUACAUGAGAGUAAAUAGUUGCAUCAGUUAGAUAAAAAUAUCUACGGUGACCAACAAGGGCAAACACGCUUCAAGUCACAUAUACAGAAACGCACUGCAUACACAAAAACAAAUGCAAAAAAGAAAAAGCUGCAUUUCCACUCACACAAGCAAAGUGCUCCAGCCCUCUCGGGCUGAGGUGCGUUUCUCUAUAUGCAGCGUGUGUGUCUCAUCGGCCACCAUUACUAUCAGACUGUAGACUGUCAAAAUAUUAUGUGGUAUUUUUGAGAGACGUAAGACAGGGUAGGCUAUAUGCAGGAAUCCUGAAGUUAAACCUUUUUAGACCUAAGACACUCAUUCAUUUUAAUGUUGUUUAAAUGUAAUGUUAUAAUGUGUUGUAUGUGUUUUAAGAUUAAGGGUCUUGCAAUUGUUUUAUAAGAAAUGACUCUGUUUUACUUUGCAGAUUAAGUGGCUCCUUUUAGCUGUUCAGCCGGCUCAUUUUACCUGAGCACUGCACAUCUAAAUAAUGUAUAAUUAUAAAUAACUUUAACAUAGAAAUGUUAAGAACAGUCCCUAUUAACCACAGGAACACAAUUAAAAGGUAAUCUUUGUUUUAUUCUAGUUUCCCAAGCAAUUAACCAAAAAGUAGCCCAAUUUUGCUGAUGUCACCAUAACUCAGAAGUUGCAGGAGAUACUGAACGACAGGCGUGUUACCGUUGCCAUGGUUACGGAGACUCAGACUCCUGGUUUUUAAAAAGGUCAGUGAGUCCACCCAUUGAUAAAAGAAAAGAUGCUGUCUGUGAACAGAAAGACAAAUGGCCCACGUCCUGGAGAAACAGCCCUUGUCGGAGAUAUCCAACCGUGCACUAGCAGAGACUUGUUUUAAAAUUAGACUAAAUAUUUUUAUUCUCAAUAAUCAAAAUAAUCAAGUAAUGAAACAGGCAGAGACAAGGACUGCUGGAAAGAAAAGAGAACGUUAAUAGACGAGAAUCUCAAAAUCCUUAAAGUGUGUGAAAUUAUUACUUUAUUACAAUUUUUUUUUAAAGGCCUUAACAUAAAUUCUUAAAAUAGUGUAAUAGUGUAUUCAUAAAAACCCAGUCCAAAGGAAAGUAACCCGAAAGAAACAAAGCUGAGGCCACUUGCAGAGAAGCGGAUUACACUGAGGAGUACCGAGGGGUGCCACCACCACUCACCGUGGCUCAACACAGCGUCUCACAGCAGUCCUCACUGCAAACAUGGUGCAGCCUAUAUUGUGUCCCCGUGCAGUUACUCACAUACACAAAGUGAAGGGACCUCACCGCGGAUGCCUCGCCUCACCACAGGGGGGCACUCAGCCCCUGAAAGACAAGAACUUAAACACAGAAGGUUUGGAACAACUACUGAAGCGUAGCCCAGCUGGUUUAACAAAGUGCAAAACUACAACACAACUCAGGGGAAAUAUGUCAAAACAAACUACAGAAAGCAAAAGACCCCAGUUAUAACACAAACAAAAUAAAUCUCAAAAGUCACCACUAAAGGGCCAAAACAGCACAACUAAGGCAAUUCCAGUUUAACUCAGUUAACACAACGUGCAGACAAAAUAGGAUUAAACUAAAGCAAAACCAAAGCAGCAGUGGUAUGUGCAGAGGAACCUGGAAGGUGGAGACAAAAACGUACUUACCACCAUACGGGUCAUUAACCAAGUACAGUCAUCAGAGUCACCAGGGCAGGGGGACCGUCUUCACCACACGUUCAUCAAGACUUUCAAUAAAUGUUAACUAUCAGAUAUGGUAGGUAAGAAUGUGCAAAUGUGUCUUUUACACAUACCUGUGGGCACCACACACCAGCGGCCACAGCAGGGACGGAGCUCAGGGGGCAGAGGGGGGACAGGAGCCGCAGGUGCCUUAUAAAGCCUCGCCCUGAAUGAGACUAACACUCUCCAACACUCAAUCAGUUAAAACACACUUCUAAUGUUGUUUCAUGAAACAAAUAAAUAUCAGGCGGAGCUGAGCGUGUGAUUGUGUGUUUGGAGCAGCAGGUGGCAGCAGUGAUCACAUCAUGGUGACUUUAUAACCCGUCUAUUCCCUCAGUCGUCUUUUUACAACAAAAUAUCUAUAACAUUAAUGUUUAUUUAUAAACUUCAGAAAAAUAUGUGUAUUAGUUUGUCACAUGCAAUUAACUGUAAUAUAAAUAAUAUAACCACGAACACUUUGUAAAUGAAGUGUUUCAGCUGAUUAUACACUAAAGAAAACACACUGGUUAGAUUAUAUUCACUUUCUCACAAUA